CCCUAACCAAACCCUCCUCCCCCGCACGCCGCACCAUGGCGUCCGCCUACGACCGGGAGGACGGCCUGGCGCCGCCGCAGCCGCACGGCGGCGGCCCGGCCGACGCCUAUGACCCCAACUACGUCCCGGACUCGGUCAAGACCUUCGUCGUCCACCUCUACCGCCACAUCCGCGACAAGAACGUCUUCGAGAUCAACCAGAUGUACGAGGGCGGCUUCCAGCGCCUCUCCGACCGCCUCUUCCGCGACUCGCCCUGGCCCUCCGCCGACGCCGUCGCGCCCUACUGCGACGGCGACCACGUCUUCCUCCUCCUCUACCGCGAGCUCUGGUACCGCCACGCCUACGCGCGCCUCUCCCCGCUCACCGCCAGCCACCGCUCCGAGUCCUGGAGCAACUACUGCGACCUCUUCAGCGUCGUCCUACACGGCGUCGUCAACAUGCAGCUGCCCAACCAGUGGCUCUGGGACAUGGUCGACGAGUUCGUUUACCAGUUCCAGAGCUUCUGCCAGUACCGCGCUAAGCUCAAGAACAAGACGGACGACGAGCUAAAGCAGCUCAAGCAGUUUGACAAGGCGUGGAAUGUGUACGGGGUUCUCAACUACCUGCAGGCGCUCGUGGAGAAGUCCGACAUCGCCCAGAUCCUCGAGAGGGAGAAGGAGGGGCUGGAGCAGUUCACUGCCACCGACGGGUAUGACUACCAGGGUGGAAGCAACGUUCUCAAGGUCCUGGGUUACUACAGCAUGAUUGGCCUGCUCAGAAUACACUGCCUUCUUGGGGAUUACCACACUGGCCUAAAGUGCUUGGCACCCAUCAACCUUAACCAGCAGGGGGUCUACACCAUUGUCAUCGGGAGUCACAUCUCAACCAUCUAUCACUAUGGGUUCGCAAACCUUAUGAUGCGCAGGUAUGUUGAUGCCACCAAGGAGUUCAACAAAAUCCUGCUCUAUAUUCUCAAGUAUAAGCAGUACCAUCAGAAAUCCCCUCAGUAUGACCAGAUCCUCAAGAAGAACGAGCAGAUGUAUGCGCUAUUGGCAAUCUGCCUCUCUUUAUGCCCACAGAACAAGCUCAUUGAUGAAAAUGUUAGCACCCAGCUCAAAGAAAAGUACAAUGACAAAAUGACAAAGAUGCUGAGGUUUGAUGAUGAAGCUUAUGCUGCUUAUGACGAACUUUUCUCUUAUGCCUGCCCCAAGUUCAUUACCCCAUCACCUCCAGUUCUCGACCAGCCGCUUACCAAUUAUAACCAGGAUGCCUAUCGUCUUCAGCUGAAGCUGUUUCUUUAUGAAGUGAAGCAACAACAGUUGCUUUCUGGGAUCCGGAGUUAUCUUAAGUUAUAUUCAGCAAUAGCUAUUGCCAAACUUGCCCAAUAUAUGGAAAUGGAUGAGGCAACACUUAGGUCCAUCCUUCUGACGUACAAGCACAAAAUGCAUGCCGUUGACAGUAAUGGAAAAAUUGUUUCCAGUGCAGACUUUGAUUUCUACAUCAAUGAGGAUGUUAUUCAUGUUGUGGAAUCCAAAUCGAACAAACCCCAGGGUGAUUACUUUUUGAGACAAAUCUUGAAGUUUGAAGAAACAAUUGCUGAAUUGGAAAAGGUGCAGCUUGACUGAGCAUGGUAGAAAUCAUGGAGAAGAGAAACAUCCCAGUAUUCUAUUUCUUUUUUCCCCGUUUGUCCUGUUAUAAGGAGUGGCACCUGUAAUGACUAAUUUUAACGGAGCAUUAUUUGUGCUUUUUGGUGUACCUUUUCACUCGUUGGCUAGUUUGAGUAUUCCAUCAGCUAGUAUUUGAGAUAUUUCAUGCCAUUUCCUGGUUCA